AUGACUAUAGAGAAUGGAAUUGCGAAGGCCAUCUAUGUGGACGGCACCAAAUUCGUCCUAAACGGCCGACAUGUCUCCUACUGCUUUCACGUGGAUGACGAGACUGGCGACCUACGCACCGAUCAUUUCGGUGGCAGAGUCACAGGUGCGAUCCCCGUCGACCCGUCUCCAGUGGUUGAUGGCUGGACAGGAAUGCCUGACCGUGUGCGUCGGGAGUUCCCCGACCAGGGCCGAGGGGACUUUCGCAUCCCAGCACUGCGAAUUCGUCAAGCAGAAGGCCAUACAGUGUCUGCUCUGAAAUACCAGUCCUAUACCCUGCUUCACGGCAAACCAGACCUUCCUGGUUUACCGGCAACGUUUGGCACAGAGAAAGACGUCUCUACCCUCGUGGUGCAUCUUCGGGAUGAGUACAGCUCUGUCACGGCCGAUUUGAUCUACUCAGUUUUCCCAGAGUAUAACGCUAUUGUCCGGAGUGUCAGCAUCACCAACAAUGGAUUUCAGCCCAUCUCGAUCGAGGCCCUGGCAAGUUUUAGCACAGAUCUACCGUACGAAGACCUCGAGAUGAUUAGCCUGCGCGGCGACUGGGCUCGGGAGGCGCAUCGUAUGCGACGCAAGGUGGAAUAUGGCACUCAAGGGUUUGGGAGCACCACCGGGUUCUCGUCCCACCUGCACAACCCCUUCCUGGCACUUGCACAUCCAUCUACUACGGAAUCCCAGGGCGAGGCAUGGGGCUUCUCACUCGUCUACACCGGUUCCUUCGAAGUGAAUGUCGAGAAGGGCUCUCAAGGCCUCACACGUGCGGUGUUAGGCUUCCAUCCAAACCAGCUCUCAUGGCCCUUGUCCCCUGGCGAGACGCUGACUUCCCCGGAGUGUGUUGCAGUCUAUUCCAACCAUGGACUAGGGGGCAUGUCUCGCUCUCUCCACCGGCUAUUUCGCGACCACCUGAUCAAAAGCAAAUUCGCUACUGCCAAUCGGCCUGUAUUGCUCAACAGUUGGGAGGGUUUGUAUUUUGAUAUCGACGAGACCAGUAUGAUCCGCAUCGCAAAGGAGUCUGCUGCACUCGGCGUGAAGCUUCUGGUUAUGGAUGACGGCUGGUUUGGAAAGGAUUAUCCCCGUACAUCGGAUGCGGCCGGCCUGGGAGACUGGGUUCCCAACCCAGCGCGGUUUCCCAACGGACUCGCUCCUAUGGUGGAUCAAAUAACGUCCUUAAAGGUCGCCAACUCGUCAGCCAAUUUGCUUUUCGGCAUCUGGGUGGAACCAGAAAUGGUCAAUCCAGACUCGGCUUUGUAUCGGGAGCAUCCCGAAUGGGCCCUUCAUGCUGGCUCAUAUCCGCGUACGGAACAGCGUAACCAGCUCGUGCUGAACCUAGCGCUGCUAGAAGUCCAAGAAUUCAUCAUCAAUUUUAUGACGGACCUCCUCAGCAGCGCGAAGAUCAGUUACGUGAAAUGGGACCUCAAUCGAGGAAUUAACGAGACCUCUGCCCCUAAGGCGACGCAUGCCUAUAUGUUAGGCAUGUAUAAGGUGUUUGACACGUUGACCAGCCGAUUCCCCGACGUGCUCUGGGAAGGAUGCGCCGCUGGCGGUGGUCGAUUCGAUCCGGGCAUCUUGCAAUACUUCCCACAGAUUUGGACGUCCGACGACAGCGAUGCUGUCGAGCGCAUCUUUAUCCAGAUGGGUUCCUCACUGGCUUACCCAGCCAGUGCCAUGGGAGCACACAUCUCCGCCGUUCCAAACCACCAGACAGGGCGUACGACACCCUUGAGCUUGCGUGCGCAUGUCGCCAUGAUGGGCGGUUCGUUCGGUCUGGAGCUCGACCCGAGUCAAGUUUCGGCGGAAGAAAAAGCUCUCAUCCCCGAGCUCAUCGCGCUGGCGGAGAAGGUGAACCCGAUUGUCUUAACAGGAGAUAUGUGGCGGCUCAGUCUCCCGGAGGAAUCCAACUGGCCUGCAGUGCAGUUCAUCUCACAGGACCAGUCGCAGGUCGUAUUGUUUUACUUCCAGCUCAGCCCUAACGUAAACCAUUCGAUGCCACGAGUGAGAUUGCAAGGGCUGGACGAGGACGCCAUGUACCGUGUGGACGGAGCUGGGCCGUACUCGGGAGCGAUGCUGAUGAACCUGGGAUUGCAAUAUUCAUUCCGCACGGAGUAUGGAAGCAGAGUUGUGUUUUUGGAAAAGCAAUAG